AUGUCUGAAGCUAUUCACUCCCCUCGUUACCCAUCGCUCGUGGUCAGAUUGCGCUAUCAGCCUCUGUGUGCGGCUUGUACGAAUGUACUGUCACAUGGGUUCUCUGAUAACAAUGACGAAGAAUCGGAGGAAUGGAACUGGAGUAUAGAAGCCCUCCGGAAGAGCUCGAUUUCGUGCCGCUGUUGCGUGUUUUGGCUUCAGGUCUUGAAAGCCAGUCCGUGGCUCGCCCAUCGCAACGACAGCGUUGUCUACCUUACGACCGCUAUUGUAGGCUCACAGCAUAGCCCACCGUAUGAAUGGACACAGCACGAUGCUGGUCAAAAGCUUGUCAAGAAUGAGGAUUUUGCUCAUAUGACCGUGUACAAAAGAUAUUACAGGCCUCGUUUGGCCGUAGGAGAUCAGCAUACUUUCAUAUUGCCUACCGCCAUGAUGGAAGCGCAGAGUUCGGAAAAUGUUGAUCCAGGCAACGCGUUCUGUGGCAGACCUGUCGGCUCAGCAGUCAACUUAUCCCUGGUUCAAAGCUGGCUUAAUCUAUGCGCCAAAAACCACCGAAGUUCCUCCAAUGUCAGCGGAUCACAUGCGUGGUAUGAAGGAACAGAGGAACAUAGCAUAUCUGAGCGUGGAUGUGCCCCGGUAGCAAGCGAACCCAUACCGAAUUUUCGACUUGUUGACGUGAAGAUGCGAUGUGUGGUAUGCAUCAAACAAAAAACAGAAUACGCAGCUCUAAGCUAUGUGUGGGGUGGUUCGAGACGAUUCGUCCUGUGCAAGGAGAACGCAGACUCGCUUUCUCUACCUGGAGCUCUGAAUCACAAGGCCCUUGAGCUUCCUCAAACGUUUCGAGAUGCAAUUGAGUUCGUAGAGAAGCUCGCGAUACGCUACAUAUGGAUUGAUGCACUGUGUAUACAACAAGACGACUCAGACCAGCUCGUGGCACAUAUGAAUUCAAUGGAUGUUAUUUAA